CUUGCAGCCGCGCCCUGACAUUGUGCCCUCGCCAAAUUUUCCCAGGUUGGGAGUCACAGGAUCUCAGAAUAGCGAGUGUUCGCAAAGAAGAUGAAGGACCUCGCGAUCAUCGAGGUGAACGCCAUAUACCCCGGGUGCGUCAGUGCUGACUAUUGAAAGCAAAGACGUACCCUCUUAGGUUGAAAGUUUAGGUGCAGCACACGUUUGGCUGAAGGUGGGUAAACUUGUUGCCGACUACUUCAUCGACUUAGUCGUCGCUUGCUUCACAGCUGUGUAUUGGUACAUCGGGUGUAACCACCACCACAAUCAAGGUCACAUACAAGAUCAGUAAUACCCAGAUUUUCUCUACCUGCUUUAACUCAUUCGACUUUACCCCCACAACGUACGUGUUCUCCACCAAGGUGUCGUCAUUUGCGGGUGGUAUUACGGAGGACUGAGUACUGAUUACGGAAUACGGAGUGCCUGGGAGAUAUUGCAUGCUUCCUUCCUAUCCUCCCCCUCACUCUUCACAUCCAGCGACAGAUCACGAGUAACACCCGGAGAACCCAAGGCCACAGGCAGGUGUGACAGGUAGACAGGUGUAUCGUGGUGAAGCCAGACCAAGAUGCUGGGGCGAUGGCAGUACGGACACCUCGAGAGUCGGGCGUCAUCAGCGACAGCAGGUCGAAGUACAGUUUUCUCGGUGGAGGAGGACUUGACAGAGCUCGAGAGACAACUUCACCAGAACUUGGAACUGCACUUCCGCCCAAUCUUUCAGAGAUUCGUGUAUGGCGGGGAGAGGAUUGCGAGUCAUGACCUGCGUCGUCUGCUACAAGACGAGACGUACCGUGACCUUUUGCCUCCCGACAAAGUCUAUGACCUCAUUGACCUUGUCGAUUUCAACCCUGGCAAGGCCAUCUCGUACAUGGAGUUCGUUAAAAUUGUGACCGGCGGACUAGAGACGUACAGCUCAGAUGGUGAACUGGGUGGCCGGCCACACGGGGUGGAACGCAAGAAAACCUGGAUGAACAGCGUGUGUCGCAACACCAUGCCCCAGGCAGAGGUGGAUGAUUACCUGGCCACCUACCGAUGGAUUCCGCCGCCAUUCUUUAUGAUCACCAUCUCUCUGGCUCAGCUGGCAGUCUUUCUGUACUAUGUUGCUGACAUCUACCACUUGGGGGGCCGGGUGCACUUACUGGAUGGUGUAGCAGCAUACAGUCCACUGAUGUACCUACAGAACAAACGCCAGGAGGUCUGGCGCUUUGUGUCCUACAUAUUCCUGCACCAGGGGUGGGUCGACUUGAUUCUCAACCUUGGCCUACAGGUGUUGCUGGGGUUUCCUCUGGAAGUAAUGUUCAGAUGGUGGAGAAUGGCUAUUGUUUAUGUGAUCGGUAUAAUCACAGGUUCUUUGCUUCAGUCAGUCAGUGACCACAGCGUGGGGUUGGCCGGAGCUGCGGGAGGAACUUAUGCCAUUGUAACAGGGCAUGUCAUUGGCAUUUUGAUGAACUGGUCCGAACUCAAUGGCAAAGACGACAGCGAGAAGAAGACUACGAAAUGGUUCGCCAAGCCUUGGUUUCGACUUCUUCUCAUCUUUAUUGUGGCUGCCGUGCAGAUUUCUCUGGCGAUUUAUCGUCGGUUUUGCCCGACUUACCCCACUUAUAAAGUGGGAAUAGGGGCACACGCAGGUGGCAUCCUUGCAGGACUCUUGCUGGGCAGAGCUUUUCUCACAGACAGUCGGAGGUACCCGUGGUCAACGAAUUCCGGGUGGCUGGAUAUGUUUGUUCUGAUGAUCUUCUUUGGCUGCUGUGUACUUUUCAACAUUUUGUACAAGUCUUACCCUGAAGCAAGCUAUUACUAAUAACGGUUGGCCUGGGGACGGCUGCACCGAGUCAUCAUCCAGGAAACGUAAAUCAACUCAUCAGACUGUUCACGGAUAAGAUGGAGGACCAGUUACUGACUGUUUAAUAGGCAACACUCUUAUGCGUCCUACCUGCACUGUUAUGUGUUUCCUAGCAGCGAGGUGUGAUUGUGAGGUCUGCUGCGUGACUAUGAAGCUGUUCCAUGUUGGUGGCUCUAUAAUAAGAGUACAUGUGGUCUGUAACCAUGGAGCAGUUAAAUGCUGGUGGCUCUAUAAUACGACUAUGAAGAGUAGUUCUUUGUUAGUCAACACGCCCUUUACACCGGUGACAUAUCCACGUCGGUGAACGGUGUUUGUUCUAGAGAGAGUGAUGUUCACCUUUGAACUUUAUUUGAUGCACAAACAAUUCUUUCAGUGGAUAUUCCUUGAAAAGAAAAAAAAAAGUGAACUAUUGAGGAGCAAACUGAUGGAAAAAGUUCACCGAGCUCACAGACUAUCAGCUAUAAAUAAUAAAGACUAGGAUGGUAUAAAUAGUGUGUGUCUGAAGUGGAGACAGUCCGACUGAUGAAGAGAGAGAUGAGGCAGAGAAGUUGAGAAGAGACAGCCCUGCCGUUACCGCCUCUGGCAACGUGACGUAGCACGUGCAUUAAAGAGUCGUACACGU